AUGCAGUCAAGUAUCAUCACUCGUCGCCAGUUCUUCAAACUUGGUGCUCUCAUUUUCAUGGUUCUCUCCACUCUUCUCGUUCUCCGAUUAUUCUUUCUUUCAUCAUCAUCAAGAAAAUCAUCAACUUCCGAUCAUUCAAAGUUUGAACCAUCCAAGAACCGAUUAGCCUCUCUUUGUUCACAAACUAUCUACUCGGAACAAGAUUCUUAUCAUCAUGACGACUCUACAAUAAUUUCCAAAAAAAGAAACCAAUUGAAAUCAUGGAUUUUUCCAGAACAUGAUCCGAAAACAAAUUUUGAACCAUUACUUGCACCCAAUCCACAACAUGAAAAAUAUUUUUCAAAUCGAAUCACCUCAUGCAGUAUUGGACCUAAUUUUGGAGUUAUUUGUGGAUUGACAAAUCAACUUUUUGAAAUUAUCACUUGUAUGGCCCUUUCUAGAAAAUUGGGAGCGAAAAAAAUGAUUCUCUCGAAUGUAUGUUCAAAUGGAGCUCCCGGUCUCUGUAAAUAUUGUAAUACCUUUUCACCUCUUUCAGAAUUUUUUAAUAUUGAACGCAUUCAAACACUCGGUCUGGAACGUUUUGGUUUGACCUUAAUAGAUUCCACACAAACGAAUUUGAAACAUUUAAAAAUUUCAAAACCCAUGUUUUCAGUUUACAAUCGAACGUGGGAUGAAAAACCAUUGGCGGAAGCAGUGGAUGCAAUUUUCAAAAUUGCUCUCCAUGAAAAGACGAAUUUUUUCACACACAAUGACAUUUUAAAUUUGGGGUUUGUUUGGGGACGUUGGCUUCCAACAAGUGAUGAUGAAAUUUCUCUGUAUUUACAUCUUUUUGACUUAUUUGAACCUAAUCAAUAUAUUCGACGAGUGAUGAAUGAGUUUUUAUGGAGAGUGAAUUUUUUUGAUUCGGUUGGAAGACCCUUCAUGGUGAUUCACAACCAAUUUCCAAAACAAGAGUCUGACAGUUACCAAGGGUGUCAAAGAACACAACAUAUUCUCUCGACAUCACAACCUGAUUUCUUUCAUUUUCUGAAAAACGAUCUGAAAUUGAAUUCUGUAGUUUCGAAUAGUCCUUCUCGCUUUACUCGACGACAAGUUCACCAAAAAGGAAACUCCAAUCAUUAUGAAAAGAAACAUUUGGGAAAUGACCACAAAUUACUACAAGGAAUGAAUGUUUUACUUAUUGGAAGCGGAUUUGAAAAUAAGAAUGUGGAAUCUCUUCGAUUAAGCGAUUUAGCAGAUGAAAAUAUUUUCACUUAUACACAAAGCGAUUUAAUGCCACUCACAAGAAAUCAUCAAUUUCAUAAUUCAGUGAUGGCCAUGUGGAUGGCUAUGGAGGCAGAUUAUUUUGUGGCAACUACGUGUGAAAGUCAAUUUCUUUCGCAUGUCAUUCGAAUUAGACAAUUAUUGAAAAAACCAGUGUGCAGUAUGGCAGAUAUUGCAAAAUCUAUGAAUUUGAACAGAUAUGACUCUCAAUAUUUGAAAAAUGUGAACAAGAGUCCCUAUUACUUUCCUCAUCACGUGACGGGAAGAGUGUUUUUAGUGGACAAGUGUCAGUUGCCGUUUGUGACCCGUGUAGAUGGCAAUGAAUUUGUUGCCCAAUAA